AUGGAUAGGUCCAAUUUCAACGUCAUGAGUUUAUUCUCCGGCCGUCCUGCGACACCUCCCCAGGAGUUGCCGCUGCAGUCUUCGCCCCCGCAGCCCCAACUCUCGCCAACUCAUUCCUACCGCGAGCCCCCACCGUCAUCUCCACCCAAGACACUUGACUCUCUUUUUCGCAAUAUAAGCAACAACCAGUCCGCAUCGUCGGACACGACGCCUCCAGCGACCGCAAACAUGAACAAUCCGUUCCGCAACCAGGCGCCCACUCAACCCGCGAAUCACUCGGGUCCAGGUACUCCAGUCUCUUCAGUUACCGCAGCUUCUGGUUCGUCGCAUGGUUCAGCGAACAAUCAGCCGCCUGCGGACCGGCAGAGUGCACUUUUGUCGUUGCUCGGAUCGACUGUCGGUUCGAACAAUGGAGCAACGGUCAGCGCAACUUCUGGUCCCAGCCAGCCUCUAAUUCCUCACCAUCCACCCUCUCCACCCAUUGAUCAGCGUGCGAGGCUUAUGCACCCGGGCAGCGAGGCGCAGGGCAAGAUUUUGCUGGAGCAACUUAUGUCUGGGUAA